AUGUAUAAAAUUUGUUUAGAAUUUCUAAAUAACAACAUAAUAAACAAUCAAUUACACCUUUUUUAUGUUAAAGUUAGAAUAUGCAAUCUAUAAUGUUUAUUAUUUUUGUUUGCAUUUACAUCUUACGUAUUUCAUUUUACUCUAGUUUAAGUUGAGAGGUAUUUGUAAUACCAAUUCCAUCAUUUGAUUUUUCUAAUUUCAAUUAAGUCCUUUAUUAUACAACCUUUGUUCUUUUAUAACUGGAAAAUUUAAAGAAGUUUUCAUCAUAAAGUAUUUAAAUUUCAGUUUAAUUUUUAAUUUUAUGGUUUUUAGCACGAAAACUUUAUCGGGUGGGGAUGUAAAAUUAGAGGACAUAUUUUUUGGAAUAUCUUAGCAAUCUUAUGGUGUUUAAGAAGUAAAAUGUAAUAAGAUACAAAAACUGUGAUUUAUUUAUGUUAUAAUUAAAACAUGUUAUAAAGCACUUCAGAAAAAUUGCAAUAAAAAGUUUCGUCAUAUAAGGACAAGAUAAGGACAUAAUUGAAGAAAAAGAUAUCAGUGAUUAAAGAUCAACAAAAAUUGAGACAUUCGAAUAGCGAUUUGCAAAUUGACACACCAUUCUAAUCGUAAUCAAAAAUAGAUGCUGAUUUUUCUGAUAAUUAUGAAUUAGGUGUUAAAUUAGGAGAAGGUGCUCAUGCCAUUGUUUACAAGGCAAUCAGGAAAAGUGACAAUCAGGAAUUUGCUGUAAAAGUAUUUAGAUCUAGCGACCCUGAAAUCAUUGCUUCAAUAAGAAAGACUUAUUAGAUUGGAUCAAUGCUUUCUCACCCGAAUUUAAUUAAAGUGAAAGAAUUAUACAUAAAUUAAUAAAAUGGAUACUCAUAUUAAAUAAUGGAAUUGUGUCAAUAUCCAAAUUUAGAAAAUCAGAUACCCAAAUUGAAUCUAAAAGAGAUAAAGACGGUUAUGCGUGAAUUAUUGAAUGGGUUAGUUUACAUGCACCAAUAAAAAGUAUGUCACAGAGACAUAAAACCUGACAACAUUCUAUUUGAUGGUUUAAAUGUAAAAAUCCUUGACUUUGGAGUCAGUAAGAGAUACUACAUUAAAUAAAAAUAUAUAGAUAUGUGGACACCCACAGGCACUUAAUUUUAUUGUGCACCAGAGAUAUACACCAAAGUUAGUUACACUUACAAAAUUGACAUGUGGGCUGUUGGUGUUAUUCUCUAUUAACUAUUGACAAAACAAUUGCCAUUCCAGGAUGAGACUGCUCAUGGAACUAUUGAAUUAAUAUGCAAAGCAUAGUUCAAAGAUCAUUCAGCUUUAGAUAAAGUUAGCAAAGAUUUAUUAUGCAGAUUGUUAUAGAUAGACCCAAAAAAACGACUUAAUGCAGCAGAAGCAUUACAACAUAUUUGGUUUCAGAAUAAGGAGAUGAUUCAGCAAUGCAUGGAUGAUAUGAUUGUACAUGAUGGCCUAGUUAAUGAUUCCUCAUUGUUUAUCUAACUGAGUUAAUCAUAAAAUAGGAAUACCUACGCAACUCAUCAUUAAGAUACUAAAGUGGAGGCUUUCAAGCCGACAAUACACGUCAAGCAAUCUUCAUUUAGAGAUUCAUCAUGA